GUUAAGCAGCUGACUUUGACAAAUCUCCAAAAACAAUCCCACCAAACCGAACCCUCCAAGCCCAUCCAUCUGCAGAAAAAACCACACUGAAAAAAAAAAUCUUGUUGAGUAACACACAAAAAUGGCAAUCUCCUCCAUCUCAAUCUCAUCCACUCUAGUACCCAUUUCUUCAACAAAACCACCACCCUCUCUGCCCUCUUCCUUCUCUUCAUCUAACUCUCUCUUCUUCAGCACAAACCGGUCCGGCUUCUCUCUGGGCUCAAGCAAAAUCAAGAAUAAUAGCACUAGCAGUAGAGCAAGGAAGAGGGGGCUUUCUUGCACCUGCUUGUUUGGGCUUGGUGUGCCGGAACUGGUGGUCAUUGCAGGCGUCGCCGCCCUCGUUUUCGGACCCAAGAAGUUGCCGGAAGUGGGUCGAAGUAUUGGCAAGACUGUCAAAAGCUUUCAACAGGCUGCUAAGGAGUUUGAAUCUGAACUGAAAAAAGAACCUAAAUCAGCUGCAGAGCCUUCUGCUGAGAAGGUCCAAGCAGUAAGUGAUGAAGGUGGACAAGAUGCUGAAGUCAAGAGUAUUAAGGAGAGUUGAUAACUUUGUUAACAUGUUCUAGUACUGUUUAGGUACUUGGCUCCAGCUACUGGUUUUGUUGUAUGUGUGACAUCAUCUCAAGAGUCAGAUGAGUUGUUCAAUCAUAUUCUCUAUUUAUCAGUUAUAUUUUUUGUUUCACGUUCAAAGUCAUGGACGGAAAACUAUUAGGGCAGUUAUAAAUCACUUAGCCAGGAUAUGUUUUCUUUUUUUUUUUUUAAUAUAGUUGGAUUGCCUAAGCACAGAUGAGUUAGGUAGUAUUAUCAUCCCUGUUUCACCUUGUACGUAUUAUCAUCCCUGUUUCACCUUA